AUGCCUUUGAACAAGCGCAUGUUAGAGCAACGAUCCUACAUGGACUGUCUUUCGGAGUUGGUUCAUUCGUCCGAAUGUUUAUCGUCCAAAGGCUACAUUACAGCUCUUUUGUCAGAUGCCGACCUUGAGAAGAAGAGACGUUGUGCCCGGUGCAACUCAUUACUUUCCAAGAAACAGAGACCACCUCGAUCAAAGCCACUUCCCAAGCAAGAUCCUACGAAUUCGGAUCCUCCAUCCCUAUUUGCAAGUAAUGUCCCGGACGAGAUCGAUUCCCUUGGACUGGAAAGAUUGCAGUUGGAAGAAACACGGGCACCGGUGAUGCGCUCGGCAUCCGGCGAUUGCGAGUUGAUACGACUAACACUUAUCGACUACUUUUCUAAUCAUGUUUUGAUCGAUAAACUCGUUUGGCCUGAUGUCCUGAUGAGCCAUUUGAACACCAAGUGGUCGGGAGUAACGUGGAAGCUGUUAUACGAAGCACGAAAGGAAAAGAGGUGCAUAUUAGGCUGGAAAAAUGCCCGAGCUUUGAUAUGGAAAUACGUGAGUGCAGAAACGAUUGUCAUCGGACAUGGUGCAAAUUCAGAUCUCUCUUCAUUGCGAUGGAUCCAUCCUCGAAUUAUCGAUACGCUUAUCGUCGAGAGGAACAAUUCUGAUGAAACAACCGGGCUUUCACUGAAGAAACUGGCUGAGAAGCGAUUGCAGAGAAUUAUACAGAAAGGGAAAGGUCACGAUAGCCUUGAGGAUGCAACUGCCACACGAGACUUGGUCCACUGGAAUGUCGCGAGAAUGCUCGAAGGAGGGUCAAGUUAA